UUGUUAGUACUGUUUCUUUCCUGAUAGGGAUACUCCAUCUAACAGCUUUUUCUUUCACUGGUUUCUCUUCCCUUGCAUUAGACCCAAAGAAAAAACUUCACCAAAAACCCAAGAAAAUAUAUAAAUACACCAAAAGUUUCAAUUUUGAAUCACACCCAAAUCUCAAAAUUCAAUUAACUUGCCCUUAAAUUUCUCUUCACACAUUUCCCCAUUUUCAAUUCCCUUUAAAAAUCCCACCAUUUUCUUAUCCUAAGUCAUAAAAAUGGUAGCUUUAAAAAUGAAGGUUUUAGGAUUUAUGUUAAUAAUGCUUUCAAUUUCUGCAUUUGCUAAAGGGGAUGAGAAUGAAUCAUCUAAGCCACCAACAAUAGUCAAAAUAGUGAAGGGUAAAAAAAUGUGUGUUAAAGAUUGGGAAUGUAAUAAGUUAUCAAGGUUUUGUUGCAAUUUGACAAUUUCAGAUUAUUUUGAGACUUACCAAUUUGAGAAUUUGUUUGCUAAGAGGAAUUCACCUGUAGCUCAUGCUGUUGGUUUUUGGGAUUAUAAAUCUUUUAUUACUGCUUCAGCUCUUUAUCAGCCUCUUGGAUUUGGUACUACUGGUGGUAAGCAAAUGCAGAUGAAAGAAAUUGCUGCUUUUCUUGGUCAUGUUGGUAGCAAAACUUCUUGUGGUUAUGGAGUCGCCACCGGUGGACCAUUCGCUUGGGGGCUUUGCUAUAACAAGGAAAUGAGUCCUAGCCAAGAUUACUGUGAUGACUUCUUCAAAUUAACCUACCCAUGCUCUCCUGGAGUCCAAUAUUAUGGUCGUGGUGCCCUGCCUAUAUACUGGAACUACAACUACGGAACUAUAGGUGAAGCACUGAAGGUAGAUCUGUUGAAUCAUCCCGAGUACAUUGAACAAAACGCGACCUUGGCAUUCCAAGCUGCGAUUUGGCAGUGGAUGAAUCCAGUUAAAAAGGGUCAGCCUUCAGCUCAUGAUGCCUUUGUUGGCAAUUGGAAGCCUACUAAGAAUGAUACUUUGUCUAAACGAGUUCCCGGUUUUGGCACCACAAUGAACAUCCUAUAUGGUGACAAUGUUUGUAACCAAGGUGAUGUCGACACCAUGAACAACAUCAUCUCCCACUACCUGUACUACCUCGACUUGAUGGGCGUUGGUCGGGAGGAAGCAGGGCCUCAUGAUAUACUCACCUGCGCAGAACAAAAACCUUUCAAUCCAUCCUCCACCUCAACUGCUUCUUCUUGAGACUUAACUUGGAUUUUCGACAGUCUGCAUCUGCUGCUUUAUCCUCAAUGAUUUUCGCAAAAGAAGCAUUAUCCAAUAAGUGGAGCAAGAUUGGCUUUGUCCUGCUCCCGGUGUAAACUGUGUGUUUGGGAGUCGUAUAUAAGGAUUAAGGAUGUCGCGCUUUCUUGUUGUGUCUUAUUGAAGUGAAUUUUGAUCAUGUAGUUUGUGCGGUGUUCGGGCCGAGGGUCUAUCGGAAACAGCUUCUCUAUCCUAUCAGGGUAGGGAUAAGGUCUGCGCACACACUACCCUCCCCACACCUCACUUCCACGAUUAUACUGAGUUGUUGUUGUUGAGUGUACUUUUAAAAGUCUUGAUAUAUAAUGUGCAAUGUGAAAACUUCUCUCUAUUAUCUUUU